AUGGAUGCUGAUUCAGCAUCGUCGUCGCAACAAAUCGAGAUGAUUCAAGUUGAUUCUGCAAUUAAACGGACACGGUGUUUACAAGUUUUGGGUUCUUGUAAUGGCUUAGUUUGCUUAAAAUCUAGGGAUGAAAAUUUGAUUUACGUUUGGAAUCCAUCUACUAAAGAAUUUAAGGAAAUAGCCAAGCAUCCGUAUCAAGAUGGAUUACAUCCUGCUCGAUGUCGUUUUGGGUAUGGUUACGAUUCUAAGACGGGGGAAUAUAUGCUGGGAAGAAUUUAUGCUUGUCCUGAGAUCUAUAAUGAACUGAGUAUUUAUUCAUUAGCCUCCAAUUUUCUAAACAUUCCUUAUUUAUUGCCAACUUCUAUACAACAACCUGUGUUUAUUGAUGGGACUUUAUAUUGGAUUGUACAUCGUGAUACCGAGUCAAUGUGUUCCUUCAAUAUUGCUAAUGAGAGUUUUCAUGAAUUUCCACAUCUUGCCAAUCUAGAAUUGUGCGUAAUUAGAGGUUGCUUUUACCUCUCUGGAGUUGUUUGGAAAAGCUACUCUCGUGGGAUAUGGAUUAUGUCAGAAUGUGGUGCAAGAGAGCCUUGGACUAAAGUGUUUGACGUUAACACAACCUUCGAUUGGCAGGAAAACCUUAUACACGUUUUCAAAAAUGGUGAGAUUCUUUUGCAGAGGUGGUGGGAAUGUAGGGAUUUUUAUCUCUAUGACCCAUCUCGAGGAAAAGAUAGCCACAGAAAAGUGAAGCUCAAUGGUAUUGUCGAAAUGGGUGAAUUAUUUCAGUAUGUUGAGAGCUUGGAUUUGGUAACUGCAUUCAUUUUUGAGCUUGCUACAUGGCAGCCAUUACAGUUUCAGUUUGAUUUUAGUACUUUCGUUUUUGCUGUUAGCCCCCCUUCCAUUCUCUUGUGA